AUGACUCAACAAACCAACCAGCCCCUCCCCAGGGUUCGCCGAAUCGUGACCGGCCACAACACCGAGACCCAAGCGGUGAUUCAGCGAGACGGCCUGGUCAGUGCACGCCAGGCCGGCCACGGGCCAUACAUCACCCGCCUCUGGGCCAGUGACGAGCUACCACCCAACGCAAAUGGUACAAGCGACAUGGGCCUCGUUGAAACGGGGCUGUCGAAUAAUGGGACGAUUUGCAGGAUGGUCGAUUUCCCUCCCCACUCGAAAGGCAUGGUUCACCGGUCCAUGACUCUGGACUAUAUUUAUGUCACCAAGGGCGAAAUCGUGCUUACGUUGGACGACGGCUCGCGGACCGUGGCCAAGGAAGGCGAGUUGGUGGUGCAGCAGGCGACAAUGCAUGGAUGGGACAACGAGACAGACGGUUGGGCCAGGCUCCUUUGUAUUCUGAUUGCCGCGGAGCCCCCGGUGGUUGAAGGACAGCAGCUGAAGGCCGAGGUGCCCUUCCAGAUUUAG